UCUACUUGCACCAACACCGGUUCCUGAGGCUAAGUAGGCCAUGUUGAAGUGUUUCCAGUAGCGACCCGACUGGCUUGGGGCAGACCUUCACCAUUAGGCCGAUCACACGAUGCUGGGCAAAUGUCAGACUCUUGGCCUCUGAGGGUAAAUGAACAUUGCCUAUCAUGGAGCUGACCACUGCCUCGUCGGACUCGAUCACGGAGGAUCCAUUCGGCCCUGGUCUCUAUGACGUCAUCCCACGUAACGUCUUUAUCACGUUUGGCGUGAUCUUUGCCGUCGCGGGCUUCAUCGGUAACAUCUUCCUCAUUCUCAUAUGCUGUCUUGACGCGGAACUGAGACGCUCAUCUAAGCAUUUUAUCAUCACCUGCCUUAGCCUUUUGUGUCUCUUGGAGCAGUGCCUCAGCGCUUUUAUCGUGCACACUCACAUCUACAAUAUCGACAACAUUGCCGUCACAUACGGAUGUGGCGUGUCCUUCUUCAUCAGUGCCGCUAGCUAUAUCUCCAUUUCCGUCGCUGUCCUCCUGGUCGCUGCGGUUGCCUUUGACUCUGCCCUAACCUUUUGUUUGAACCCUCCAGUAAAACCUACCCUUAGAAUUUGCAUCGCGUUGGAAUGUGUUGUGUUCAUCGUCAUCGGAUCAGCGUUCAUGCUGCUGCCGUUAAUGAACGUCAGCGCCUACAGCGACAUAUGCAGCGUGUACAUGAAGGAACACUACAUGCUGGCGUUGAACGUCAUCCACUACAUCCCCCAAUGUCUGAUCCUCUUGCUGGCGAACCUCAUCCUGUUCAUGUGCUUCAGUCGUAAGAUGAGGAGCUGUCCUGACACGACUCUGCGUCAUCCCAAGGAGAUCUAUUUGGCAUCUGCCGCUGUGGUCCUGCUGAAACUGCCAGACUUUAUAUUCUCACUUGGGUUCAAUACAUGCAAUGGAGGGGAUUGUUAUGGAAUGUUGAUAUUCUGGAUCGUCGCGACCUGCACAAGCACCUCCAUUUAUGUGGCACUACCCUACCUGUGGCUGACAGGCCAGGAUACCACGAAAGGGGCAAGAAGGGUACUACUAGGGCGCUGUCUCAGGAAGACCUGUACACGUGAUAUGUACAUUCUCACUAGCCCAGAAGAUUUCUAGGAUACCACGUAAAACAAUAUUGCUGUUUCCAUGUUGCUGAAACAGCAAUUUAGUUUUUUAAAUAACGUACCUUCUCCUUAUGUGCCUUAGAGUAUAUAUUUAAUACGCAGACUUCCACAUACGUUUCAACAAAGAUAAAAUUAACGAGAUAUUUACAGUCAUUUAUUUCUUUAUAAUCAACAAUUGCAUGAUCUCUACUCUAUCAGCGCUAAAUACCAGUUCUAUUUUCUAACAAAUGUACGUAAUACCUACAUAUAGUUUUUGUUGCUUAAAUUAUGACAUAUAAGGCAUCAUUCAUUGAAAUGAUACGUGAAGAGCAUAGACAUAGGUGAGACAAAGUAAGAGCAUGUUAACUGUAUGUGAAGUUUAUCAUACCGUUUUUUAUUAACGUAUUUAUUAUAUAAUUUAUGUUACCUAUGCAUUAUAUAUGUGUCAUUAAUAACGUAUCUGUAAGUGUAUGGUGAUAUAUAUUGAUGUACGUCUUUUUGCCUAACCAACAUGCGUCACAACACUCGAUCGAUAUGAAAUGAAGUAUUAAGCAGCGAUAAAGAAAUGAAACUAUUAUUUCUGAUUUCUGGUGUUGUUUGUUUGCUUGAGUCAGGAAAUGAAACUGCUGUGUCAACAAACCGGUUGUGUAGCAUGUACAACUGGUACUUGACGACAUUCUUACACUGUUCGUAAAUCGUGUUGAUUUUCAGUGAAUCAUGUGUAUAAUUGCCACUGCAAUUUUGUAUUUUUACGAUAAAUAAAAUAUGUU